GGACGGCGAAGGACGGAGCCAAGGCACCCCUGCCUCCCUCUCUUACUCCUUCGCGCUCUCGCCCGCCCCCUCCCUCCCUCCCCUCCCUUCCCUGGCCCCGGCUCCGGCCUCGGCCCCUUCGCGGUUCGGUCUUCCGCAGGCAGGAUGUCGGGCUCUUCGCUCCCCAGCGCCCUGGCCCUCUCGCUGUUGUUGGUCUCUGGUUCCCUCCUCCCAGGGCCAGGCUCUGCCCAGAACGCUGGGUUUGUCAAGUCGCCCAUGUCAGAAACUAAGCUCACUGGGGACGCCUUUGAGCUGUACUGUGAUGUGGUCGGGAGCCCCACGCCAGAGAUCCAGUGGUGGUACGCAGAAGUCAACCGGGCAGAGUCUUUCAGACAGCUGUGGGACGGUGCUCGGAAGCGCCGUGUCACCGUAAACACCGCCUACGGGUCAAACGGCGUGAGUGUGCUGAGAAUAACCCGGCUCACCUUGGAGGACUCUGGGACUUACGAGUGCAGGGCCAGCAACGACCCCAAGAGGAAUGACUUGAGGCAAAACCCCUCCAUAACAUGGAUUCGAGCCCAGGCCACCAUAAGCGUCCUUCAGAAGCCAAGGAUCGUCACCAGUGAAGAGGUCAUUAUUCGAGAUGGCCCUGUUCUCCCUGUCACCCUGCAGUGUAACCUCACCUCUAGCUCUCCCACCCUUACAUACAGCUACUGGACAAAGAAUGGGGUAGAACUGACUGCCACACGUAAGAAUGCCACCAACAUGGAAUACAGGAUCAAUAAGCCAAGAGCUGAGGAUUCAGGAGAAUACCACUGCGUGUACCACUUUGUCAGUGCUCCAAAAGCAAAUGCCACCAUUGAAGUGAAAGCUGCUCCUGACAUCACUGGUCAUAAACGGAGCGAGAACAAGAAUGAAGGGCAGGAUGCCAUGAUGUACUGCAAAUCAGUUGGCUAUCCCCACCCAGAGUGGAUAUGGCGCAAGAAGGAGAAUGGUAUGCCCGUGGAGAUAGUCAAUACUUCCGGCCGCUUCUUCAUCAUCAACAAGGAAAAUUACACUGAGCUGAGCAUCAUGAACCUUCAGAUCACAGAAGACCCUGGCGAGUAUGAAUGUAACGCUACCAACUCCAUCGGCUCGGCCUCCAUUGUUACCAUCCUCAGGGUACGGAGCCAUCUGGCCCCACUUUGGCCUUUCUUGGGAAUUCUGGCUGAAAUCAUCAUCCUUGUGGUGAUCAUUGUUGUGUAUGAGAAGAGGAAGAGGCCAGACGAUGUUCCUGAUGAUGAUGAACCAGCUGGGCCAAUGAAAACCAACUCUACCAACAACCACAAAGAUAAAAACUUGCGCCAGAGAAACACAAAUUAAGCACUGCUUUUAACAUGUUUUGGGGCCCUGAAACUGGUGGCAACAUGGCCUGCUAAACUCUCUGCUUGAGCCUCUUCGGUUCUCUCCCCUUCCACGCGAGCGGCACCACUGGCUGGCUGAGCAUGCCUUACUUAGCGUCUCCUGUAAGGGUCCUCUGGCCAGGUACAUUUUCAACCACGUUUCGGUGUAGAAGGUGUAAACUAUUUUGGGCUUGAUGUGCUGUGAAUGUUGCUUCCCACCCUCCCCCCUCCUUUAUUAAAAUAUUUAAAUAGAAGUGGAAAGGUCCUUUGAGGAUCCCUUCAUGCAUGCACCAUUUUUUACUUAAUGCAGCUGUUAAAUUGGCAAGCUCUAAAAUGCACUGCUGCCAUCUAGUGAUACCUUUUUGUAAAGUACAGCAAAACCUACAGAUAUAUACAGUAUAUAAAUAUAUAUAUAUAUAUUUAUAUUUUUGGGGGUGGGAGAAAUCCAAAAUAAAAUAAAUGCUUGUUUCAUUUUUAAGCUGCUGAUACUCAUUCCUUACUGUAUGUUGUUAAGAUGAGGAAAUCGCGCAGUUCUGGUACAUAAAGAUGAGUGAUACAAACUGAAAUCUGUAAUUUUAAGGGCUCAACCUACGACUUUGAUAAGAAGCUGAACAGUCCACUGAAUGGAUGUAAUGAAUUGCAGUAUAUAUGUGUGAUUGCUUUUUAAGUGAUUACUUUUUCUUUUAAGUCAUGUAAAUUCUUAAAUCCUUUUGCACUGAUGGGUUGAACCUUAUUGUACAUUCAAUUAAGGCAACUUUUUAUAAUUUGUUUUCAGAGACCUUGAGGUGUUACAGCAUGGUAUUCUAUGCAACUAGUUAUCCUUUGGGGUUGACACUGUAUUUUUUCACAUCAAUUUAAUGGUUGAGUGUAGAUUUUCUCAUCCAGUAGGGAUCUCAAUGCGUUACGUAACUGCAGAUGCAUGUACUUGUGUUUUGUGUAUUUGUUGAAGUGCAAUGAUGUAUAAAAAGUGGAGUCACCUGUUUUUAAAAAUAAAACAUUGAUAAAAGGUG